ACGAAGAAUUAAAUAGUGAAGAAGAGGAAUUAGAAAGUGAAAAUUCAGAUAAUAAAGAUGGUCAUGCAAGCUUUUCUAGGAACUCUACUCGACGUGGCCGUGGUCGUCCAAGGUUAAGCACUAGUAAUAUAAAUAAACAAAGUCGUCGGGGCCAUGCUCGUCCUUAUAGACUUCCAAAAUCUUCUGAAACUCCUUUAACAAAUAUCAGACUUGAGUUUUUGCCACUUCACACUACUGCUCACCUGCAACCGAUGGAUGCGG